UUGACAUUGUGUUCUGGUCGGAGCUAGAAAGUUGAGUCUACAUCUGUCUCUUCUUUCUCCACUCACUCUCGUCCUUACAUUCCUCCAGAUCCUCCAUUGGCGGCCAGUCUCUGACCAAUGGAGUCUUCUGAUGGUUUCUCCCGUUGGGUCCCUACCAGGAACGCUAAAUGUGGUGUGGCUAUCUAUGAUUUCAUCCCUGAUCAAUCUGAUCCGAAUUCUCCUUACUUGAAGCUUCAGUUUGGCGACGUCGUUCAAAUACUGGAGGAGAACUCUGGUUGGUACAGAGGGUUUUUUAUCAGAGACAAGUCACUUAAGGGAGUGUUUCCAGCCUCAUAUGUUCACCUUAAAGACUAUAAUGUCAUCAAUCCAGGUCCUGCUGAGAUAAUACGAUCCAAAGAGGAUCCAAUGGUACAGGAAGUAUCUGAUGUUCUCAGAGAAUGGUGUGGCAGCUGGAAGAAGCUUUAUGCCGAUGGAAAGCGUCAGCAGUUUGAGGAGCUGAAGCAUUUACUGAAGGAGCUCUUGGAAAGAAGGAGACAAAUAAUGUCAAAAACUCUCCCCAGGGAUGAGUUGCGUGAGUUAAAGCAAAGAGUUGCCCAAAAGAUAGACUAUGGUAACAAGUUUCUUGGCCUUGACAUGAUUGCUAGGGAAGAGAACGGUGAAGUGGUUAAUCCUAAGACCUCUGGUGUCAUGAAACUCUUCAAAUCAAUGAGGAGCAUAUCUCAGCAAAAUUCUGAGUCAACUCCUGCAACUGCUUCCUUACCAGGACAAGUGAAAGUCUCCCGUGCCGUUGCUGUGUCUACAGCCCCAAAGAAAGAGGAGCAUCAUUUGUUCAUUAAAUUCUCAGCCCUUGCCCUCCCUGUCAAUGAGCCAUGUGACCUCCUCUUUUUCCUUUAUGAUGGAAAAUUGAAUAAGAUCCUCAGUGAGCGUUAUAUGAUUUGUUUGUCCCACCAGUGUCUACCUAAGAAUUCUGAUAAGAUUGGACAGUGCUUUGCAGUCUUCACUGAUUUGGAUAAUUCAGAUUUACAGAACAAGGACCUUUAUCUUGCCUGUCAAGUAAUCAGAGUUGGUAAUGAGUUGGAUGGUCGCAAAACUUCAGCUCCACUAAGGAAGCCUCACGGUGCUGGAGUGUUCCCCAUACAUGAGCUACUCAACACAAAGGAGCCAAUCCUGGAGGAACAGGAACCUCAGAUUGACAUCUUCCAAUGUCCCCCUGCAGAAUAUCAUCGUCUUUUAGAGAACGUUGUCAAGAAGCAGGGAGUCUAUCACGCAACGGAUAAAGGAACUGGUGUUUUUGUUGGAGUUAGAGUAUUAAGAGGAGCACUAUCAAAGGUCAAAGAAGACAAUCCUUUGUUAUUCAAGAGGUUUACUGCUAUUGUCAAGAAACUUAGUUUUGCCGAAAUCAUUAGACCUUAUGAUGAUCGUCAUGAUGUGUACCUCACUCUACAACAGGGAGUCUUCAGUAAAGGUAGCAAGAGAGCUGAUAAGAACGUUGAGGUGGCAGUUGAAGUACUUGGAGACGAUGACAACCCACUUCCCUUUAAAUGCAUCAAUCCUGGUAUCGGAGAGGAAAAUGUUUCUAUUUACACGUCACUCGUUCAUUAUCAUUUGGCCACUCCCAUUUUUAACGAGACGCUCAAGAUUGAGAUUCCACCUGAGUCCAUGAGGAAGUCGCGCGUUCGUUUUAGUUUUUAUCACAAGUCGACUAUUAUCUCCAGCAAGUUGAGCAAGUCAGAGCCAUUUGCAAUGUCCCACCUUCGCCUCAUGAAAGAUGACGAUACCACAAUAGCUGACGGACAGCAUGAGCUCUAUGUGUACAAUUAUAAAGACUUGGCUAAGCACCCGCACAGACUAGCAAAGCUAUCAGACGUUGCGACUGGCUCCCUCUCGUGUCCUCAAGAGUUUCUUCACUUGAGGGACUCAUUCAGUGUCAUCACUCACAUAUGCUCCACCAAACUAACCCAGAAUGCUGAUCUGCAUAGGCUACUACACUGGCAUGCUUACCAGGAUAGACUGCCUGAGAUUUUGAAGAGCAUUGAGAAUGUUGGAGGAAAUGAGAUUGUUAAGUUUUUAGUGGACACUUUUAAUGCUUUGUUUGCCAUCAUUGAGGAGAAAGGUGAGAAGUAUGGUGACCCAGUCUUUGAGGCACUUAUCCUCAUCAUUGGCCUCCUCGUUGUUGAAAAGUACGAGAACUUUCGUCCGGUUUUGGACAGCUAUUGCGAGAAGCAUUUCAACGUCACGUCGAUACACACUUUUCUUGUGAAGAAGAUGAAGUACAUAUUUGAGCAGGUUAUGUUAAUGGAUAAUUCCAAGAGAAAGGUUGAAAUUCAAAUCAUUAACAAGACAAUGAAGGCUGCUGAGUUUCUGUUUAAGUUUAUAAUGAGGUCAAGAUAUCUUUAUGACCAGACAACUCAUGGUAAGGGUAAUGAGCAGUUCAUGCACAGCCUCAUUGAGUUAUUGAGAGUCACUUGUAACAUGAUGGCUAAGGAAUGCCCUGAGGGGGAACUAGUGGCACCUAAAGCUCAAGCUCAAGCUAUGCAGUUCUUUCCACAAAUCUUUGAUCUGCUCUUGGAGGUUAUAUCAGUCAAGGCACUAGGUCAAAUUGUUGCUGAUUUCUUGCUAACUAUCAAAGAGACUAAACUCAGGGUGUAUAAGAAUGUCUUCCUGGCAGCUGUUGUAUCCAGUCAACUCUUUACUCAAAAAGAGUCUCGGUCGGUGGUAUUGCGUGCCAUACUCCGUCACAUCAAGUAUCACAUCAGUCAGAGAGAGGAAGGGAUCCAGAGAGAUGAUCUCGAGAAAUCACUUGAGAUCAUGGGAAACGUCAUAGUCCACCUACACAGUGUCCCACCAGUUGACAGAGAUAAUGACAUGCGUGUCUUGGUUAAUGUGAUGCUUCGUCCUCUUCUAGAAUGUUUUAAUGAUUUAUCAUACUCUUCCAAAGACCGCCAGCACCCACAGCUCGGGCUCUGUGUGUCCUGUGUGAUGGGAUUCAUUGAACUAAUGACUCCUGAUCACUACAGGAAGCUAAGGGCUACCUUUGACAUUAAAGAAGACCUUGAAGAAUUCAUUCUUACCACCUUCUACACUUACUCUGAGAUAAUAUCAGUAACUGCUUUACAUCCUCAAGAAUGGUCUUCACUUAGACUCCUGCACAAUCAUAUAAUACUUGGAGCUGUGAAGCAGAUUGCUAGAAUACUAGUAGAAGAGUACCUGGAUGAUAUUGAGGGAACUUCAACUGUAUUCUUCAACUGUAAUCUCUGGGAAAGGUUCUUUAAUUUGUGCGUUGAUUUCUGCUGCCAGCCGUCACUCCAGCUUGAGAAGAUGACAGAGCUUAAGAGAAAGCGAAUACUUGACCUUUAUGGAGACAUGAGGCUAACAAUGAACACACUGAUGCUUGAUAAGUGGAGGAUGUUAGGUAAUUUCCAAGCCAAUUUUGUUCCUGGAAUGGUUGGUCCUUUCCUUAAAGUCAGUUUACUACCUCAUGAAGGCCUGAGAAAGGCAACCAUACCAGUUUUCUUUGACAUGAUGGAACACGAAUGGAAGUACAACAAGAACUUUCACAGAAUGGAGAUUGAGAUGAUUGAUAAGUUGGAUGUGUAUGUCAGUAAUGGAAUGGGUGAUCCAAGUUAUAGGAUUUCUCUACAGGAAAUGUUGACUGAGAAAUGGAAGUCACACUCGAUGGCAAAUGAAAGUGCAAAUGGGAUGAAGUUUAUAAAUUCACUGGCCGAACUUCUCAAAAGAUUACUGGACUAUAGGGAGGUUCAUCUUGGUGAUGAGUACAGGGACUUAAACAUGCACGUUGUAUUUAAUCUCUUGAAUUUCUACAAGUCAAUUGGAAGAGAGGAGAUAUAUCUGAGGUACAUUUAUCGUCUUGCUGAGCUACACAAGCUAAGCAACAACUGGAUAGAAGCAGCAUUCACUCUCCUCCUUCAUGCUCAGCUACUCCAGUGGAGUUCUAGUAUGCUCAAAGCUGAAGGACCUUAUGAGAGGCAGUCAAUGGCCGAGAGGAAGAUGGCACUGUACAAUGAUAUCAUUAGUUAUUUUGACAAAGGAAAGCUGUGGGAAUAUGGUAUUGAGCAGUCUAAGGAGAUUGCUGGCCAGUUGGAGUCUGUUACUUUUGAUUAUGAGAAACUGAGUCAAAUACAUGAAACCAUUUCUAGAUUCUACAUGUGCAUAUUGAAGGAAAUUCGUGCUGAGCCAAUGUUCUUUCGAGUCGGAUUUUUUGGAGGCUUUCCAACGUUUUUAAAAAAUAAGAUUUAUAUAUUCCGUGGAUUGGAGCUUGAGAAAUUGACCGACUUCAAUGCACGUCUUCAAUCAACGUUCCCUUUUGCUAAAUUUUUGACUAAACUUGAGCCUCCUGGACUAGAUAUUAUCGAGUCUACUGAUCAAUAUAUACAAUCAUGUGCUGUUGAGCCAUUGCCUGAUCCUAACAUUAUGAAGAAAUUUGAAGGAAAACAAGUCAAAGAAGAGAUCACUAGAUAUUGCCGCACUAAUAAUGUCAAACACUUCCUUUUGAAGAGGCCAUUCCAUCAAGGAAAGAAAGACAAGUCUAAUGAGUACAAGACACUUCAUAUUGAGAGAACAGUCUAUACUACAGAGUAUCAGUUCCCUGGUAUACUGAGGUGGUUUCCAGUAGUUGAUUCUGAAGUAACUGUAUUGAAUCCGAUAGAAAAUGGUGCCGAGUUGAUAGAGGACAAUGUUAAUCAGUUGAGGACACUCAUCAAUCGCUACCGGACAGAGAGACACAACACAAACCCACUCACCAUGAAACUCAACGGCACACUUGAUGCAGCUGUUAAUGGAGGAGUCAGCAACUUUGAUGUUUUCUUCACUCAUGAAUAUCUCAGUGAACAUCCCAACUACAAGACAUCAAUACCAAGACUCAAAAUGCUUAUGGAAACUUUGGGUCAGAUAUUACAAGACGGUGUUCAGUUACACAGUGAGAUAUGCCCAGAGACGAUGAGGAAACUCCACGAGAGAAUGGAAGAACUCCUGAAGGAGUACCUCUCCAAAUAUGGCGACCAGCACUCAGACGAUCACCUCGGCACCUGCUACGACCCAACCGGCUUCCUUGAUCUGAACUCUCCGGAUCACAAAUCAAGAGCUCGGAAGUUCUCUUCGUCUCGUAGGAGAGAAGCUUUAAAAGAGUCAGGGAGAGGGGCUAGGCCUCGAUCGGGGUCUUACGAGAAAUCACAGGGACUAUCAGGCUCGCCUAUAAUGGAGAUGAAAGAGCAAGAGGCUGAUCCUCCCCCAGUGCCUGAGCACAGGACAAGAGCACAGACCGAGGGUAACCCUCUGGGGGCCUCAACCCCUCCAAUGCAGCGGAGACAAGAAUCAACUGGAACACCGGGGACCCCUGGAGCUCCCGUGAGUGUCAGAGAUUACGAUGACCCCCCGCCGCCAAAAGUCCCCACAAAGCAGCGAAGAGGGAGUGUCACGAUGUCGCCGACUCCGCCAGCACCAACUCCGCCUCCCACACAAUUGAUUAAUAAACAGGUUGCUGCUGAUCCUCCUACUGUUCCAUUGAGAAGAGGAAACUCUCGUACUCCCUCAGGCUCUCCUAAUCAAUCCCGUCCAACUAGUCUGACCAGUAGUGGAGAAGCUACGGACGAUGGCCCACGUCCUCCCCCGAGAGUAGCCUCUGUACGUAAUGUUGGGACUGGCCUCAGUAAAUCUAAAUCUGCUGAGGCCCCAUCUAAAGAAGGUUUUGAGAAAACGUCACCAGCUGCUUCCCCUAAUCACAGCUCAAGAAGAGAGGGUAAUUCUGGUCCUGGCCCUGAUGCCUCUCCAUUGCGUAGUGUUAAAGAUAUUGCAGCUGGUCUUAAUAGAGACAGUGAACCAGUUCCACCACCUGUACCUAAGAAAAUGCAUAAACAGCAGUCAUCUUUACAGGCUCUAAAGAAUGGUGAAUCAUAGAAAACUGCAAUCAUCAUUAUUAUUGUUGUUGUUAUUAUUAUUAUUAUUAUUAUUAUUAUUAUUGAUUAGUGUUUGACUUAAUUCAUUUUUGUGAUACCUUUUUAAAAGACGCUUUCUUAUAGCUAUCUCUCAA